UUGAUGGGGAAAACAUCACAUUAGUUAGUUAGGUUCGCUAUCAACAUGCGUGUCUAUAUGAGUUUUGUUUUAUGCUGCACAUUUAUGUUCCUUGUUAAAUAUGGUUCGGCAGACCCUAUGAGAUGCUCGAAACCAAACGAAAUAUUAGACUGCAUGUCUCCUUGUGCUGAAAAAACUUGUCAAACUCGUAACACCGAAUGUACGAAAGAAAGUUUUGGUAUUUGCAGAGUUAAAUGUGUUUGCAAAAAUGGAUUCUAUAGAGAUACUAAUGAUAAUUGCAUCUCCGUAAAAGAUUGUGAUUACCAAGUACACAGGAGUUGAAAAUAUCUUAAUAAAACUUC